AUGGGCACAAAUAACGCAGAAUUCCCGCCAUAUGCCAAUGAUGCAGACAAUGUGAAGCUGGUGCCGCUUAAGAUCGCGGUGGCAGAGAACAAGUGGCAUGAGAAGCUGGCCGUCGAGAAUCCUGGACCGCUUCCCGUCUUGUACAAGCUGAAGGCGACGAACAACAAGCGUUGCCUGAUCCACGAUUGCGCCGGACUCAUCAAGCCGAAGGAUACUGUUGAGAUUAUGCUGGAGAGUACGGAUGAACAGUUGAAAACGGGAGAUGGCCUGCUGCUCGUCUACACCCAGUACACAGCCGUCACUGGUAACCAGCCAGUCAACGCUUUUGUGGCCUGGCAGCGUGCCAAGAAGCUCGACAUCGUCACGAAGACCAAGUCAAUCGCUCUUGUCAAGGCCGACAAA